AGGAACAAUGGCUUUGAUGUUCUUUAUCACAACAUGAAACAUGGACAUUUGUCAACAAAAGACUUAGCAGACUUUAUAAGAGAAAGGGCUACAAUAGAGGAGACAUAUUCGAGGUCAAUGACAAAACUAGCCAAAUCAGCGAGCAAUUACACACAACUUGGGACAUUUGCACCAGUCUGGGAUGUUUUCAAAACCUCAACAGAAAAACUAGCAAGCUGUCACUUGGAUCUUGUGAGGAGAUUACAAGAGCUAAUAAAAGAAGUUCACAAGUAUGGAGAUGAACAAAUCAAAUCUUAUAAAAAGACUAAAGAAGACGUUUCAGGAACAUUGGAAGCAGUACAAAAUAUUCAAAGUAUCACUCAGGCCUUACAGAAAUCAAAGGAAAACUAUAACGCAAAAUGUGUCGAACAAGAACGUUUGAAAAAGGAAGGAGCAACACAGAGAGACAUUGAUAAGGCAGCACUUAAAUCAAAGAAAGCUACAGAUACCUAUAAACUAUACGUGGAGAAAUAUGCUGCAUUUAAAUCUGAUUUUGAACAGAAGAUGACAGAAACUGCGCAGAAAUUUCAAGACAUUGAAGAAACGCACCUUCUUCGUAUGAAAGAGAUUAUAGAAUCGUUGUCAAAUACCAUAAAAGAAAUUCAUUUACAAAUAGGAGAGGUGCACGAAGAGUUUAUUAAUAACAUGACAAAUACGACAGUUGAGAGUUUAAUACAGAAAUUUGCUGAGUCAAAAGGAACUGGCAAGGAAAGACCUGGCCCUAUUGAAUUUGAAGAAUGCAACACAUCCAGUGCAGUUGAAGGGGUAAAACCACGGAAGAGGAAGCCUUUUGGUUUAUCAGGAAUAAUGAAAAAAGAAAAAGACACUGAAUCUGUGGAGUGUCCAGAUGCAGACUCAGUUAACAUUCCUGAUGUAGAUGAUGAAGGAUACAGCAUUAAACCAGAAGCAACACACGAUACCAAAGAGAAUGAUUUCUAUUCAACCAGUGAUUCUGACUCUGAAGAUGAUGAACCCAGGAGGUUCCAUGUAGAAAUAAAACCUGUCCAGCCAAAUAAUAGCUCUCAAUAUACCAUGCCUUCCUUGGAUGAAUUAAAAGUAUCUAUAGGGAACAUCACUCUUUCUCCAGCAAUAUCUAGGCAUAGUCCUGCACAAAUAAAUCGAAAUUUAUCCAAUGAAGAGUUAGCAAAAUCAAAGCUUUCUGCUCCAGCUAAUGAAAAAGGGAACAGUGAUCUCCUGGCAUGGGAUCCACUCUUCAGUAGUUCUCUUGAAUCUUCCUCUUCAGCUUCCCUGGCAUCCUCAUCCUCCUCAGCAAGGCCCACAACUCCUCUUUCUGUAGGCACCAUUGUACCCCCUCCAAGGCCUGCUUCAAGACCAAAGCUGUCUACUGGGAAGCUUAGUGGGAUUAAUGAAAUACCUAGGCCAUUCAGCCCUCCAUUGACCUCUAACUCAAGUCCACCUCCUGCAGCUCCCUUGGCACGUGCAGAGAGCAUUUCCUCAAUAUCCUCUUCUGCUUCCCUCAGUGCAGCAAACACACCUACCGUUGGUGUUUCACGUGGUCCCAGCCCUGUCAGCCUUGGAAACCAGGACACCUUGCCUGUGGCAGUAGCCCUUACUGAAUCUGUUAACGCCUACUUUAAAGGAGCAGAUCCCACGAAAUGUAUUGUGAAGAUUACUGGUGAUAUGACAGUAUCAUUCCCAAGUGGGAUUAUUAAAGUCUUCACCAGCAACCCAUCUCCAGCUGUGCUCUGCUUCAGGGUAAAAAACACAAGCAAACUAGAGCAGAUUCUUCCAAAUGCACAACUUGUAUACAGUGAUCAGUCACAAAGUGACUCCAGUACUAAGGAUUUUUGGAUGAACAUGCAAGCUAUAACUGUCUACCUCAAGAAAUUAUCAGAGCAGAAUCCAUCUGCAUCCUAUUACAAUGUGGAUGUUUUAAAGUAUCAGGUAUCUUCCAAUGGCAUCCAGUCCACUCCCUUGAAUCUUGCAACUUACUGGAAAUGUAAUGCUAGCACUACUGAUGUGAGAGUGGAUUAUAAAUACAAUCCAGAGUCUAUGAAUAUGCCUAGUAUGCUGUCUAAUGUCCAGGUUGUGGUACCAGUUGAUGGAGGAGUAACAAACAUGCAAUCACUUCCACCUGCAAAAUGGAAUGCAGACCAGAUGAAAGCAUAUUGGAAAAUAUCUAGCAUUUCAGAAAAGUCUGAGAAUGGAGGUUCUGGAUCCCUCAGGGCAAAAUUUGAACUUUCAGAAGGACCCAGUAAACCAGCAACACUUGCAGUGCAAUUCGUUAGUGAAGGAAGCACCCUUUCAGGAGUAGAUGUAGAGCUUGUAGGCACUGGCUAUCGACUUUCCCUCCUUAAGAAGAGAUUUGCCACUGGACGGUAUAUGGCAGACUGCUGAUGUACCUGUGAAAGUCAUUGGAUCAAAGGAGUGCAAGGGGCUCACUCUGCCAUCUCUACUUUUCAAACACUAUUUUAACACGCAUUAAUUUUUUCACAAUGUCAACCUACUUUGAAGCUGAACUACAGAACAGAAAAUGCACUUUUAAAAGUCAUUUUGCAAACUUUUUGUUACUUUAUAAUAGCACUGAAGUUAACUUCAACACUGUCUGUAAAUGAUCAACUGCAAUAUUUGGGAUAAUUUGUUGAAAUUUUAGUAAAUUUAUAUAGAUGAAGUCAAAAUAGUAAUCCAUAGUUGUAAUGAAAGUAUGAAAUUGUAUGUUAUACUGUAAACAUUAAACCUAAAAAUGUAGGAGAGCAAGUAAGAAAUAUUUGAGCUUUCCAUAAGUAAUAUUCAUUUUUCAGAUUCUUUAAUUGGCGUUUUUAGAGAAAGCAGAGGCAAAGUCUCACAUAGUUCUUCUAUCCACUCAUACCACAAAACCAGCUGAGUUAGAGAUGUAUAAAAGAAAUGCAACUU